CUGCAUGUCAAAGGCGGGUCUUGCUUCAGCGGCGUCGUGAUGGCGCCGGGUACGGAUACCAAUACGGGUAAGGGGGCUGAGUGCGUUGGCAGCCUGUAAAUUCAGGCGCAAACUGCCUCCCUUUGACGUGGGCGGCGAUUUGGCGCGAUCUCUGGAGUCUUCUCAGGCCAAGGCGCGCGCUAACACGAUCGCACCAAGCGUCGAUCGACGGCACGCUCGACACCAUCCGUCACAACUCCACCAAAAAUCAAGCUCGAUCAUCGAACUUUGGUCGUGAAUUGAGGCUUGUCGCGUUAGUCAUCAUGAUGCGGUCACAACAACACGCACUCUUCGUCUAUCUCCUGUCUUCUUCUCUCCUCCAGAUGAAGAGCGGAGACGGAACCUGAGUCUUCGGACAUUAAUGCGACGCUGCGUUCACUCCCUUGGACAAUCCCGGGCCACACAACGAGCCUCAUCGGCGUUCCUGUGUGUACAAACCCUACCCCUAUCCGUCCGGAUGGCCAAGCGCAAACGGUCAACGACAGCCGCAGCAUCUUCAGUCCCUGACAUCCCGCCAGCCCGCCACAGCGAAGUUCCUCUGCCAGGAAAUGUCGCAAUGCAGCGGCCCAAGCCACUGAGGCGUCAGCCAUCCCAGCGCACUCGCGGGGCCAAUCCCACCCGUAUCAACACCAAUGCCAACCCUGAAUUCUUGGACGGUAUGUCUGCAUUGCAGGUUUCGCCUGACAGUGGCGGAGGCGUUCCCCUCCCUGCCAUGAAACCCCGUGUGGGCAAUGUUAGCAGUACGGGACCCAAUUUGGAUGCAGGUGCUGUUGCUCCCACAUCAACCCAUCCAGAUGCAAAUGCAACCACGGAGGAUAUUGCAGCACCUGCUGCAGGUCACCCAGAGCACGGCCCUGACAGGCAAGCACCAGGGACAGCUGUUGGUGGCAGUGCUGGAAAUCGUCCGAACGCGAAGGAUGCGGUUCAUCCGGAAUCUGAGACCACGCCGGUUGAUCUACCUGGGCGCCAGCCUGGCAGGAAUAAGAGACAAAAGGGCCCCUCGAAGCAUGUGAAGGUGGACAAUGCGGAAAGCAAUAGCACCGUCGUUAAUGACACCACUACGGCCACUGAGAAUGCUGUGAAGGAGGACGUGGGGGUGAUGGUUGAUCCUGAAGCCGAGGAGGGGCAACCAAAUCAGAACGCGGAUGGGGAAGAAAUCAAGGAAGUGCUGUCGAGGCCGCCGCCUGUCAAUUCCGACUAUCUUCCCCUCCCUUGGAAAGGGCGGUUAGGAUUUGCAUGUCUAAACACCUACCUUCGCAACGCGAAUCCCCCCAUCUUCAGUUCCCGUACAUGUCGCAUCGCAUCAAUCCUUGAGCACCGACAUCCACUUAAAGACCCCUCUCGGCCAGAACAUCCCAUAAAGAACAGGCCAGACAAGAACAAGCCUGCUGAUGUGGCGAGAGGGCAGAAGUACGUUGAGGAAUUGGGUCUCGCAAACGCUCGGGAUAUUAUCAAGAUGAUGCAUUGGAAUGACAAGUAUGGCAUCAGGUUCAUGCGCUUAAGCAGUGAAAUAUUCCCUUUCGCUAGCCAUGGCGACUACGGGUACAAGCUCGCACCCUUUGCAGCAAACUCUCUCGCAGAGGUAGGUAGAGUAAUCGCCGAGUUAGGUCACAGAGUGACCACGCAUCCUGGGCAAUUCACCCAGCUCGGUUCCCCUCGUAAGCAAGUCAUUGAUGCUUCCAUCCGGGAUCUCGACUAUCAUGAUGAGAUGCUUUCGCUUCUCAAGCUUCCACCUCAACAAGACCGUGACGCUGUCAUGAUCCUUCAUCUAGGAGGUGCGUUCGGUGAUAAGCCUGCCACCCUUGAUCGAUUCCGAGAGAAUUACGCGAAGCUUCCGCAGUCUGUCAAGAACCGUCUUGUACUUGAAAAUGACGAUGUGGUUUGGUCUGUUCAUGACCUGCUACCUCUAUGCCAGGAAUUGAAUAUUCCCUUCGUACUCGACUUUCAUCAUCACAACAUCGUGUUCAACGCUGAGAAGAUCCGCGAAGGGACAAAAGACAUUAAAGAACUCAUUCCUGUCAUCGUUGAGACUUGGACGAGAAAAGGUAUCACACCAAAGAUGCACUAUUCAGAACCAUGUCCGGAAGCUACCGCUAGCCGGUCCAGGAGGAAGCAUUCCCCAAGAGUCAUGACCUUGCCGCCAUGUCCGGACACUAUGGACUUGAUGAUCGAAGCAAAGGACAAGGAGCAAGCUGUCUUUGAACUCAUGCGAACGUUCAAGCUUCCAGGCUUCGAUCUUUUCAAUGAUAUAAUUCCUCACGUCAGGCAAGACGAGAACAAGCCUGUCCAAGCGAAACUGAUGGGGACUGCUAUGAAGCGUGGUAAAAGGAAGAAGAAGUAUGACUAUGAGCUAGAGGCUUUAGACGAAAGGCUUACGGACGUGGAGGAAGAAAAUAAAGGCGAAGUCCUUAUACCCGAGGAAGAAAUCGCCAUGGGCGGACCAGAGCGGAGAGUGUAUUGGCCUCCGGGUAUGGAGGACUGGCUUCGGCCCCGGAAGAGGGUUAUCAAGAAGAAAGAAGAAGGUGCCGCAACACAAGCAAAGAAGAAGAGGAAAACUGUAGCAAUAAAGGAAACAAGAGUAAAUGGGGAUGUCAGUGGGGUCGGGGAAGUCAAGACCCCUUCAAAGAAGGCUGCAUCUGAGAAGGGGGGCACCUCGGCGAAGAAGAAGACCCCAAAGUCAGUGCCUACCCCUUCCCCCACGGAUGAAGAGAAUGGUAGCUCGCCGCCAAGCGACCUUGGUGAUGAGAAGAGGGAUGUGCCGCUUUCAAAGAAUCGCACCGCUCCUCCAGCAUUAUCGAGAAGGAGAUGUGGCAGAGGUGCGAGUGGAGUGACUUACAAGGAGGAAGAUGCAGAUGAAGUGAACAUGUAGACUUGGCUUGUCUGAAUUGUGGUACCCAAAACACCAAACUGACUUCAGCAAUGCUAUUGUAUCAUAACCAUUGCA